AUGAAUAUUUUAAGAAAAUCGUUAAUUAUUAAAUCAUGUGCUUUAUAUAGGGGUCUUCAGACUUCAAUACAAAGAAAUAAUGUACCUUUUGUUAUUGAAAGUGAGGGAAGAAUUGAGAGAACAUAUGAUAUCUAUUCAAGAUUAAUGAAGGAUAGAAUCAUCCUCUUAAUGGGUCCUGUAAAUGAUCAUGUAUCUAGUGUCAUUAUAGCACAAAUGUUAUUUUUAAAUUGUGAAAAUCCUUCUAAACCAAUUCAUCUUUACAUUAACAGUCCAGGUGGAUCAGUAACAGCCGGCUUAGGAAUAUAUGAUUGUAUGCAAUAUAUAACUGCACCAGUAGCAACAUGGUGUAUUGGUCAAGCAUGUAGUAUGGGUAGUCUUUUACUUACUGCUGGAACUAAAGGUAUGAGAACAGCAUUACCAAAUUCAAGAAUAAUGGUUCAUCAACCUUCUGGUGGAGCACAAGGUACAGCUUCAGAUAUUUUGAUUUCCGCUAAAGAAAUUGAAUACCUUAGAACAAGAUUGAAUGAAAUUUAUGUACAUCAUACAGAACAACCAUAUAAAGUAAUUUCUGAACGCUUAGAUCGUGAUUACUUUAUGAGUGCACAAGAAGCUUUAGAUUUUGGGCUAGUUGAUAAAGUCGAAGUUCAUAAUGGAUCUACACCAACUAGUGGAAGAAAUAAAUCUGAAAAUUAG